CCGCGGGGCGGGGCGGGCGCGCAGUCGGCGGCGGCCAUGGCUCCGAGCGCGCAGCCGGGGGGUGGCCGCGGGCAGGCCCCGGGCCCGGAGCUCCGCCGAGGCAUCCGCGCGGUGCUGCUGGGCCCGCCCGGCGCGGGCAAGGGCACGCAGGCCCCGAAGCUGGCCGAGACCUACUGUGUGUGCCACCUGGCCACCGGCGACAUGCUGCGGGCCAUGGUGGCCUCGGGCUCCGACCUGGGCAAGCGCCUCAAGGAGACGAUGGACGCCGGGAAGCUGGUGAGUGAUGAGAUGGUGGUGGAGCUGAUUGAGAACAACCUGGACUCCCCUCCCUGCAAGAACGGCUUCCUCCUGGACGGCUUCCCGCGCACGGUGAAGCAGGCAGAAAUGCUGGAUGAGCUCCUGGAGAAGAGGAGAGAGAAGCUGGACUCUGUCGUUGAGUUCAGCAUUCCCGACUCCUUGCUGAUCCGGAGAAUCACCGGACGGCUGAUUCACCCAGCAAGUGGCCGCUCUUAUCACGAGGAGUUCAGACCCCCGAAAGAGCACAUGAAGGACGAUGUCACUGGAGAGCCCCUGAUCCGCCGUUCAGAUGAUAAUGAAACAGCCCUGAGGACGCGCCUGAAGGCCUAUCACACCCAGACCUCCCCCUUGGUGUCCUACUACAGCAAGCGCGGGAUCCACACGGCCGUGGAUGCCUCCCAGUCUCCCGACGUGGUGUUUGCCAGCAUCCUGGCAGCCUUCUCAAAAGCAACAUGUAAAGACCUGGUUAUGUUCAUUUAGGGCUCUGUCCCAGGACAGAGCUCUCUCGCUUUUCUCUCUGUCUCUCCAUCUCUGUCUCUCGGGGGCCAGGGAGGGCGCAGAGCUAAGCAGAGUAGAAGAGGAGGGGACGAGGCGAUGUGGCCCAAGGCAGGGCUGUGCUGAUUCCCUAUUAAACGAGCUGUUAACGGUCUCUAUCUCGGGAUCUGUGUGUCUGCGGAUGCCGGAGCUUUGGCCUCUAGAGGUCGCGGCGAGCCCGAGCACCCGCUGCCAGGAGCCGGGUUUGCAUCCCCUGGCUCUAAAGGCUUUUGUUUCGCUCUAGAAGCAACUGAACUUCCAGCUUCUCCCGGCUGCUCCGCAGCAGGAGGCUGGGGAGCAGGCCCGGGUGCUGGGUAGGGGAUGCUCUGUUGGCUGCAGGCAAUGAACCACGAGGUUACUUUAGGAAGCAGUGAAAGGCUUUCUGUGUGUGUGUCACCUGGGGAGGGACAGUUUGACUUCUGCUGCUCAGGGCUGGCUCAGAGCUUGUCCUGGUUCUAUGGGUGUUCUUCUCUGUGGGGCAGGUUUACCUGAGAGCUCAGCCCAUCUUCCUCCCAUUCUGCUGGGGCUUUAGGGCAGGAAGAGGGAGGGUGAGAGCUGGGGAGGUUUCAGCCUCUCCUCAUUUGUGGGCCCUAAUCUAGCAAAUAUUAGUGAGGUGCUUUUUGCUUGAACAACUUGAAGUCUCUAGUCAGAGUCCAACAGUCACUGUGGUGAUCUCCUGAGGACAAGAAAAGGACGUGGGGUUUAUCUCUUCACUCUUGCCUUGGCUUUGGCCAAGGAGCUGAAGAUGUGUUGAGCUGCUCCUGAUCCCACAGUCUAAAUAAAGCCUUAUUGCAAACCAAAUGCUUUCUGAAGGCCUGAGACAGCUUUCUUAACCACUGGCUUCAUGUGCCCUUGAGCCAACGACCUUCAUUGUGAGCUCAUGGAAAAGUCUUUGUUCCUUGAGCACACCCUGCUGCUCCAUUUGAGGACCCUGCAUGCGGUGUCCUUAGUGCCAUAAUACUGCUCCGUGGUGACCCUGCAAGGCUGGUGGUGGCCUUUGUCCAUGUCCUGGCCUAGAGGACUCUGCUGUCAAUGCGGACUGCCCCAGAUGAGACUUUGGCCUUUAGCCUUCCAUGUGUAUUUAGUGACUUGGUGGUGGAGUCCCCUCCUGUUUCGAGGAACUGACCUGUCUCCCUCCCACACUGAGCUCUGGGGGCUGUGUGUCCACACCAGAUGCCUCAUCCUCAGGAAUCCCUUGCUCUUUUUCUUGGGAACUUCUCUUUUUGUCUGAAAAUCACUCUGUGUCUUCAGACGUCCUUUCAACCCACCUCUUCCAGCAAACUGGGAAGACCAUGGGGAACUGAAAGCAGUUGACUUGUUGCUCUUGAAAGCACAUGGCUGCAGGGAGAGAGGGUUUGGAAGUAACUGGUGCUGGUUUCCUCAGCAUCCCUCGGGGUCCAUCGGGAUCCCCCAGAUGGCUGUUGCCUGGGAAAGGGCAGCCCUGGUGUGUGGCACAGGACUGUGGGGCUCCAAGGGAGUGUGUGUUAGAGCUGCCCCUGUGUCUCUGACUAUAAAGAAGGUCUGAGUGGAAGCAGCUUUUAGCUUAAAGCCUCUUGAGAGAGUCAGAGAAAGCUGCAGCUCCCUGCACACUGCUGUAAUCCAAGGAAGGCUUCCCAGCCAGUUGACAUUCCUGGAGCUGGCCGUGGUUUUCCUCCACAGCAAGAACAAUGUGUUCUUCCACUCUUCUGUUUCUUUCCCCGCCUUAUGCUCACUUUGCAUCCAGCUC